AAGUUAGUUUUUGUUAGCUGAUCUGGACGCGACGCGCUGCUGUUAGCCGGUUUAUUGUGAGUUCUACGCGAUUCAUCCUUGCCUCAAGUGUCAAGUAAUUCAAACUGAUCAAAUUAAUAUAAUUUCAAGUGUUUUAUUGAAAGUGAUUAAAAGGGAUAAAAGUGGUCAAAGAAAGUAAUAUCUCUCUAUAUAUAUGUAUAUAUAUAUCUCUGCUCUGCCAAUGUGAAAAAGAUUAUUACGAACAACAUAAAAGAAUUAAGAAUUUAAUAACCAAAUGACAAGCGAAAAAAGAAACGAGUAAUAAACGAAACGAUUUUAUGACGCUUGUUAUUGGUCAGAUAAAAAACGAAUAAACUCAACAAAUGAAAAGUAAUUGAGAUAUUGAAACGAACCGGAUUGACACAAACAGGCCAAAAUGCAGACCACGAACGCAGAUGAGCUGCCGACGAAUCCGCGCGAGACUUCGAAUCCGUUGUCAACGCUUAUGUUUUGCUAUACUAUGCCCACAUUUUUCAAGGGACGCAAAAAAACUCUAGACGAAAGUGAUCUCUAUAAGGCUUUAAACGAACACAAAUCCGAUAAACUUGGCAAGAAGCUGAGCGAUGCCUGGGAAAAGGAGGUAGAGGAGAAGCGCAAGAAGAAGAAGGAGCCCAGCUUGCUUAAGGCAUCGAUGAACGUCUUUGGCUGGAACUUUGGCUGGCUCGGCUUCGUAUUGCUCAUAUUGGAAAUGGGCUUCCGAGUUACACAGCCGCUGUGCUUGGGCGGCUUGGUGGCCUUCUAUGCGAACAAUCAGGACACCGAUGACCAGACCAAGGCAUAUCUGUAUGCCGCCGGCGUGAUCUUGUGCAGCGCAUUCAAUGUUAUGUUCAUGCACCCCUACAUGCUCGGCAUGUUCCACACGGGCAUGAAGGUGCGCAUUGCAAUGUGCAGCAUGAUUUAUCGCAAGGCGUUGCGCCUCAGUCGCACAGCGCUGGGCGACACAACAAUUGGUCAGGUGGUUAAUCUCAUAUCGAAUGAUGUGGGUCGCCUCGACGUUUCGGUUAUUCACAUGCAUUAUUUAUGGCUCGGACCCGUCGAGAUCGGUGUGGUCACCUGGCUUAUGUACAGAGAGAUUGGCGUUUCGGCCUUCUUCGGAGUCGCUGUGAUGUUGCUGUUUAUUCCGUUGCAAGCAUAUCUUGGCAAGCGGACAUCGGUGCUGCGUCUGAAGACCGCUUUGCGAACGGACGAGCGAGUGCGUAUGAUGAACGAGAUCAUAUCGGGCAUACAGGUGAUCAAAAUGUACGCCUGGGAGAUACCGUUCAGCAAGAUGAUCAACAGUGUGCGUGGCAAGGAGAUGAAUGCCAUACGAAAGGUGAACUACAUUCGCGGCACACUACAAAGUUUCAUCAUGUAUGUGACGCGAAUUUCGGUGUUUGUCAGUCUGGUGGGCUUUGUGCUGCUGGGCAAGCUGCUCACGGCCGAGAAGGCCUUUGUAAUUACGGCCUUCUACAACAUUCUGCGCAACACAAUGACUAUUUACUUUCCCAUGGGUAUCGCGCAGUUUGCUGAGCUGCUCGUUUCCAUAAAGCGCAUACAAAAGUUUAUGAUGCAUGAGGAAACAAAAGUGCGUGACAAGUCCGAAAAUAUGGAUGAUCAGAAGCAGAACAAAAAGCCCGGUCUCAGCCUGGUGCAGGAGACUGCCGCCUCCGCUACGGGUGUGCUCAAGCCGAACAGUCGCCGUUCUAGCGAGACUGAAAUCGGGGUAACCAUCAGUAAGCUGAAGUGCAAGUGGGAUUCGAAGCUCAGCGAAUAUACGCUGGACAAUGUGAGCCUGAAGUUCAAGCCGCGACAACUGGUCGCUGUUAUUGGACCCGUCGGUGCCGGCAAGUCCAGUCUGAUUCAAACCAUUCUCGGCGAGCUGCCGCCAGAAUCGGGCACGGUGCGUGUGAAUGGCAGCCUGUCCUAUGCCUCCCAAGAACCAUGGCUCUUUACCGGCACAGUGCGCCAGAAUAUUCUGUUCGGGUUGCCGUUGGACAGGAGUCGCUAUCGCCAGGUGGUGAAGAAGUGCGCUUUGGAACGUGAUUUUGAGCUGCUGCCCUACGGCGAUAAGACAAUUGUGGGAGAGCGUGGCGCCUCCUUAUCGGGUGGCCAGAAGGCGCGCAUCAGUCUGGCCCGUGCUGUGUACCGCAAGGCGGAUAUCUAUCUGCUCGAUGAUCCGCUCAGCGCCGUGGACACACAUGUGGGCCGGCAUCUGUUCGAUCAGUGCAUGCGCGGCUUUCUGCGAGAAGAUAUUGUUGUCCUGGUCACGCAUCAGCUGCAGUUCCUGGAGCAGGCCGAUAUGAUUGUGAUACUGGACAAGGGCAAGGUGAGUGCCAAGGGCACCUAUGAGUCCAUGUGCAAGAGCGGCUUGGACUUUGCCCAAAUGUUAACGGAUCCCAGCAAGAAGGAUGAGGGUGCUGGGGAUGCGGCAGAGAAGCGUAAACUGUCCCAGGUCAGCAAACUGCGCAGCCGACAGAACAGUGUUUCAUCCAUGGGAUCGGCAGCCGAUUCAGUGGUCAUGGAGUCGCCAAUCCAGGUGCAGGAGACGCGCACCGAGGGAAACAUCGGCAUGGGACUGUACAAGAAAUACUUUGCCGCCAACGGUUACUUCCUGUUUGUUGUCUUUGCCUUCUUCUGCAUUGGCGCCCAGGUGCUGGGCUCCGGCGGCGAUAUGUUCUUGUCAUACUGGGUCAACAAAAACGGUGAAACAGCUACGGAUUCAUUUAUGUCGCGACUGCGUCGCUCGUUUAUGCCUAGAGUUAACAGCGACACGGAUCCCAUCGAUAUUUACUACUUUACGGCCAUCAAUGUAUUGGUGAUUGUCUUCUCCCUGGUGCGCAGUGUGCUCUUCUUCUAUGUUGCGGCCAAGAGUUCGACGACGCUGCAUAAUCGCAUGUUCCAUGGUGUUACCCGGGCGGCAAUGCAUUUCUUCAACACAAAUCCGUCGGGACGAAUUCUGAAUCGCUUCUCCAAGGAUCUGGGUCAGGUCGAUGAGAUUCUGCCCUCCGUCAUGAUGGAUGUCAUGCAAAUCUUUCUCUCAAUUGUGGGCAUCGUUGUUGUGCUGUGCAUUGUGAACAUCUGGAAUCUGCUGGUCACCUUUAUACUGGUCAUUAUUUUCUAUGUGUUGCGCAACUUCUAUUUGACGACCUCCCGUGAUGUUAAGAGAUUGGAGGCUGUAACUCGCUCGCCGAUCUAUUCGCAUUUGAGCGCCUCGCUGAAUGGCUUGGCUACGAUACGCGCUUUUGGAGCGCAGAAGGAUCUCAUUACGGAGUUUGAUAAUUUCCAGGAUAUGCACAGCUCUGGCUUCUACAUGUUCUUAGCGACCAGUCGAGCUUUCGGCUACUGGCUGGAUUUUGUCUGCGUAAUUUAUAUUGCCAUCGUAACGCUCAGCUUUUUCCUGUUCUCACCAGAGAAUGGCGGCGAGGUUGGCCUGGCCAUAACACAGGCCAUGGGCAUGACGGGUAUGGUUCAGUGGGGCAUGCGUCAAUCAGCGGAGCUGGAGAAUACCAUGACUUCGGUGGAACGUGUCGUUGAGUAUGAAGAUCUGGAGCCUGAGGGUGAAUUUGAGUCGAAGCCGAAUAAGAAGCCACCCAAGGACUGGCCCGAUGAGGGCAAGAUUGUGUUUGAUGAUCUGAGCUUGCGUUACUUCCCCGAAAAGACAGCAGACUAUGUGCUGCGUAAUCUCAAUAUUGAUAUCAAGGCGUACGAAAAGAUUGGCAUUGUUGGACGCACUGGCGCUGGUAAAUCGUCGCUGAUCAACGCACUGUUCCGUCUGUCCUACAACGAGGGCGCCAUCAUCAUCGAUCGCCGUGAUACCAACGAUUUGGGACUGCACGAUUUACGUAGUCAGAUUUCAAUUAUACCACAGGAGCCGGUGCUUUUCUCGGGCACCAUGCGUUACAAUCUGGAUCCGUUCGAUGAGUACAGCGACGCCAAGCUAUGGGAGUCGCUGGAAGAAGUUAAGCUGAAGGAGGUUGUAGCCGAGCUGCCCAGCGGCCUGUCGAGCAAAAUCUCCGAGGGCGGCACCAAUUUCAGUGUGGGCCAAAGACAACUGGUUUGCCUGGCACGCGCCAUUCUCCGCGAGAAUCGCAUACUGGUGAUGGAUGAGGCGACAGCGAAUGUGGAUCCGCAAACGGAUGCGCUCAUUCAGACAACGAUUAGGAAUAAAUUCAAGGAUUGCACCGUGCUCACCAUUGCCCAUCGACUGCACACAGUUAUGGAUUCGGAUAAGGUGUUGGUUAUGGAUGCCGGCCGUGCUGUUGAAUUCGGGUCACCCUUUGAGCUGCUCACGGUCAGCGAGAAGAAGGUGUUCCACGCCAUGGUCAAGCAGACGGGCGACGCCACAUUCGAUGCACUACUCAAAGUGGCACAAAAGGCGCAUGAGGACCACUUACGGUUGAAGAAGGAUUCUUGACAUUUCGCUGUGCCGAAGGCUUUUAAAGACUACAUACUUAAGAUACUGGAACCAAUUACGAACCACCCGGCUGCCAAUGCGCGUAUCCAAAAGACCUUUCUAUUUGCGGAGGCAUCCAAGCAGAAAUUAUUAGGAUAGCAUAAACACUAAACAGCAGCAGCUAAAACACCAGAAACAACAGCAAAGAAUUUUUACAAGAGACAUGUACAAAUCAUUAUAUAAGCGCAUAACUAAAUGUUAGUUAAAUUGAUGAAUAGUAGAACUAGACUACGAUAUGGAUGACAAUAAGCUCAGUUUUGAGCGCGUAAAACAAAAAUGAUAAAAAUUCUUGCUAAACAGGCGCAAAUGAAACACCUUUAGAAGGUUGCAUUGCAAAUGUAUAAAAAAUGUGUUCCGUAACGACAAUAACGAUUAUAGAAAUACUAUAAACUGUUACGUCUAAUAUUAAUGUAUGUGUGUUCUUUUUUAUAGUAAUUUAUUAAUGUACAGGUACACAUAAUAAAUGUAACGUUUUUAUUAACUUUUUAUUUGAUUUUA